AGUCGACAGAUUGCUUCGCUUUGUCUUUCGCUUUUGCUCCUCAACACCCUCUCUGCUUUCUCGUGUCGUGCCACCGUUCUUUCUGCCGCCUUCUCCCAGCUUGAGUACCCAGCACCGCACUCGUCCCCCCGAUGACGGCGCCGAAGCUGCUUGUCGCUGUGGUGGCUGUUGCGUGCGUGGUGCUUGCCGCCGCCGCUGUGCCCGCGCACGCCCUGCACGCCACGUCGUCCGCUGCUGCCCUGUUUGCGGAGUUCAAGCAGACGUACGGCCGCGCGUACGCGACGCAGGCCGAGGAGGCUCGGCGGCUGCGCAACUUCGUGCACAACCUGGAGGCGACGAAGGUGCACCAGGCCCGCAACCCGCACGCGACGUUCGGCGUGACCAAGUUCUUCGACCUCUCGGAGGCCGAGUUCCGCCGGCACUACCUGAACGGCGCGUCGCACUUCAAGUCCGCGAUGAAGCUCGCGGCGACGCUGCCGGUUGUGAGCGCGGACGUGUCGGCUGCUCCUGCGACGAAGGACUGGCGCGACGAGGGCGCCGUGACUCCCGUGAAGGACCAAGGCCAGUGCGGCUCCUGCUGGGCGUUCUCUGCGGUGGGCAACAUCGAGAGCCAGUGGAAGGUUGCGGGCCACCCGCUGGUGCGUCUGUCUGAGCAGCAGCUGGUGAGCUGUGACGACGUCGAUAUGGGCUGCAACGGCGGAAUCAUGGACCAGGCCUACGAUUGGCUGAUUAACAACGCGAACGGUAACAUGUACACGGAGGAGAGCUACCCCUACGUCUCGGGCAGCGGCCUUGAGCCGCACUGCAAUGAUUCCAGCGACCUCGUCAUCGGUGCCUCAAUUGAGGGCCACGUCUCUAUCAAACAGGAUGAGGAUGUGAUGGCUGCGUGGCUGGCGGAGCACGGGCCUAUUGCGAUUGCUGUUGAUGCGAAUGCCUUCCAGUCAUACCGCAGUGGAAUCCUUACGGACUGCAACGGAGGGCGUUUGAACCACGGUGUGCUGCUGGUUGGGUACAACACGACGAACGAGAUCCCAUACUGGGUGAUCAAGAACUCGUGGGGUGCAGACUGGGGCGAGGGUGGGUACAUCCGCGUGCGCAAGGGCACGAACGAGUGCCUGAUCACGGAGUACCCCGUGUCCGCCACGGUGUCUGGCAACGCGACCACCACCACCACGAAGGCGCCUCAGCCGAUGGUUGUGGAGUACACGGCGUGCCAAGACCGCCAUUGCCACAAGAACUGCACAACGAAGCGUUUGCCUGUCGGUGAGUGCCUCAAGGGACACAACACUUCGUCCAUCUUGUUGUGCGGUCGUGACCAGGUGGUGGAGGCCAGCUACGCUUCCAGCGACUGCAGCGGGUUGGCGCGGUACGAAAUGGCGAACGCCAACGAGUGCGUGAAAGAGAAGCAGACCUACUUCAAAGCGGCGUGUGUGUCCGCGUAG